AUGAUUUUUUUGCCAUUAUAUACUUGCAUUUUCUUUAGCAUUAUCUAUCAACUCAACGCUAGUCAUGAACCUGACUAUCAGCCUACAAUAGACCUUGCAUAUGAGGUUCUUGGUCGAAUAAGCAAUCACAGUUGGGAAUAUGGAACCUACGCAGAAGUGAUGGUACAACUCGAAGGCGAUUCAGAACUUAGUGUUUUCGCACCUAACGUAAGUUUACCAUUACCUAUCACACCUAAUCCUAAACUUUGGCAACCCAAACCAUUAUUUAAAUUAGUCGAUUCAAUCUUAGCCAAAAGAUUAUCAAAUGCUACAACGAUCAUUGAAGCUGAUGGAGCAGCUGCUGAUCCUGCCAGUCUUGGUGUACCUCUUUUGGUUUUAGAUAAUGCUUCAAAAAGAGCCAGCAAGAAACCUAAAUAUGAUUAUUUAAAGAUUGCACAAGAACAAUAUGAUCAUUUGAUUAACAAAGUUCCAAAGGAUACUAAUGGGGCAAUUUCUCAACGUGAAUCGGAGGUUCAAUACUGGUCUGAUUUUCUUCACAUGGUGCCUCCUUUCCUCGCUUACGUGGGCGCGAUAAAUUCAAAUUUCGCCAUCUUAGAAAAUUCGUACCUUCAAUGUAAAUAUUAUCGUGAUGUGCUGCGGGACGGAGACACUGGAACAUUUAGACACAUCUUAAAGGGUUCAUUCAAUGAUACAGGUCUAUGGAGUACUGGAAAUGGAUGGGCGGCUGCUGGAAUGAUGAGAGUUAGACAAACUAUGGAAGCAGUUUCAAAUCAAGAAUUAAAAGGAAAAUUAACCAAGAUGCAAACCGAUUUAGAAACUUGGAUUGCUGAGAUCAUUGUGGGAUCAUAUAAGUUUCAAUCUUCGGAAUCUCGUCUACUUCCGAAUUACUAUGACAAGAAAGCUGAGGACACAUAUGACGAGGUAUCAGGUACAGCUCUUUUGGCUGCUACAGCUUAUCGGCUCGUCAACCUGAAUCAUGAGUUUAAAUCGAUCUUACCAAUGCACAAGAUUGAAGAAGCCAGAAAGACGAUCCUAGAAAAACAUCUUGAUCCGAAGACUGGAAGUGUUUCAACGGUUGUAGAUCCAUUAGAUUGGAAUGCAAAAGCUCCAUACGAUGGAUCACCUGGUAAACAGAGUCCUGAAGCACAAGCCUUUGUGAUCCUGAUGCAUACGGCUUGGAAGGUCUAUGAUUCAUCAUCUAAAUCUUCUUCUAACUCGGAUGGUUAUACUUCAAAUCCUGGCUCUGAAUCUGACUCGUACCCUACUGAAGAAUCUAACUCAUAUCCUACUAGGAGGUACAGAAGAGUUUGA